AUGGUCAUGAACGUCGCUCGUACGUCUAUGAUGCAUGCGGCUGCCCCCCAUUUUCUGUGGCCGUUUGCAGUUAGGUACGCGGCGCAUCAGAUCAACCUUCACCCUAGGGUCUCCAUGCCGGAGACCUCCCCAGCCCUGCUGUGGACGGGGAAGGUUGGCGAUGCGUCGGCGUUCCGGGUCUGGGGAUCUCGGGCGUUUGUCUGCGACUUGUCUGCGGACAAGCUGUCCCCUCGCGCUGCUCCCUGCGUCUUCCUGGGGUUCCCCCCCGACGCCCCUGGGUGGCAGUUCUACCACCCCACCUCUCGCCGUGUUCUGUCCUUCCAGGACGUCACGUUCAACGAGUCGGUACCCUACUACCGCCUCUUCCCCUACCGCACUCCGUCCCUCCCCCCGCCCCCGCUCUUCCUUGUACCAGGUCCCCCCUCGGUAGACCCCCUCCCCCCUCAGGGUCCUGCCCCUUCAAGUGUGUCCCAGGUAGACGCAGUCGAGCCUGUCGAGGUCACUGGUGACUCUGGUGCUGCUGAGGGUGCUGAGCCUAGGGGUGUUGAGACUGGGGGUGCUGGGCCUGGGGGUGCUGAGCCUGGGGGUGCUGAGCCUGGGGGUGCUGAGCCUGGGGGUGCUGAGCCUGGGGGUGCUGAGCCUAGGGGUGCUGGGCCUGAGGGUGUGGAGCCUAGGGGUGCUGAGCCUGGGGGUGCUACACCUGGAGGUGCCUUGCCUCCGGGUGCUGGGUCUGGGGGUGCUGAGCCUGGAGGUUCUCCGCCUAGAGGUUCUCCGGGUGCUUCGUCUCGCCGGGAGCCACUCUCUCCACAGGAGCUGCGCGAGUGGUUUGCCCGGCGCAGGAGCUGUGCUGCUGGUGCUGGAGGUUCGUCGGCCACUGAGGGUGCUGCUGUCGCGGGUCCCGAAGGUGCUCGUCCUGGGAGUACUGGAGCUGCUGGGCCUGCAAGUUCGACUAGAGCUGGUGCUGCUAAAGGUGCUGCUAGGGGUUCUGGAGCUGCUGGAGGUGCUGCUGGAGGUGCUGCUGGAGCGGGUACUCCUGCUGGGGGUCCUGGUGCUGUCCCUGCUGUUUCUCGUGUCGCCGCGCGGCCUCGACCGUAUUUCGUUCCACUGCUGCAGCAGGUUCUUGGUCUUACACCUUCUACUGGUCCUCCUCCUCCUCCCUUAGAGGGUCCACAGCCUGUCCAGUCACAGUCACAGCUACAGCCUGCCUCUCCUUUGCCUGCUCCUUCUCCCUACGCUGGUCCUACUGGAGGUCUUACUGAGCAUCGUGAGCCUGCAUCUCGUCCUGCGUCGCCUGUUCGUGCUGUGCGCGCUAGUGGUCGCGGUUCGCGUCAGCGUCCUCCUCCUGUCCCUGGCACGCACCGGAUGUCUCUGCGUCCGUCUACUGCUCCUCUGCGUGCCCCUUUGCCUUCUCCUCCUGCGUCCUCUCUUCCUGCUCUUGCCGACCCGGAGUCGGACUCUCUUCGUGCUGCCAGUCCCACUGUCACGCGUCUCCUUGCUACUGCCGUCACUGACCCUUCUUUCGAGUCUACUGCUGCGUCUGCCCUUGUUGCUGAGCUCGUCGACUUUGCUGCUCGUUGUCGUCUAGACUACGCUGCUAGUCUUGUCGCUGAGUCUGAGUCUGUCUGUCCUCCGUCCGUCGGGGGUGAGUGUGCCCUUGGCACGGACGUCCUUGAGGACAGGCAGGAGGAGUUCCAGUGUCUGGCCGCUGCUUCACCUCAUCUCGUGUCCGUACUGCUUACCCCUGAGGGAGACCCGGAUGCACUUGACAUCCCGACUCCGCGCUCUUACGCGGAGGCGAUAGAGGGUCUCUACUCCUCUCAUUGGCAGGCAGCUAUGGAUGCAGAGAUGGCUUCCUGGAAGUCCACACGCACCUACGUUGACGCUGUCCCCCCUCCUGGGGCGAACAUCGUCAGUGGCAUGUGGAUCUUCGGGGUGAAGCGGCCGCCGGGUUCUCCGCCUGUCUUCAAGGCGCGUUACGUGGCUCAUGGCUUCAGUCAGCGGCAGGGAGUUGACUACUUUCAGACCUUCUCCCCCACCCAGAAGAUGACCACUCUUCGGAUACUGCUGCACGUUGCUGCUCACCGUGACUACGAGCUGCACUCUCUCAACUUCAGCACAGCUUUCUUGCAGGGCAGCCUGCACGAGGAGAUCUCGCUGCGCCGCCCACCUGGCUUCACUGGGUCUUUCCCUCCUGGUACCCAGUGGAGUCUCCGGCGUCCAGUCUACGGUCUCCGCCAGGCGCCACGUGAGUGGCACGACACACUGAGGACUACUCUGGCGGCACUUGGGUUUGCUCCUUCUACUGCCGACCCAUCGUUGUUUCUGCGCACCGACACCUCUCUGCCGCCGUUCUACAUCCUCGUGUAA